UGAAAUAAAAAAAAAAAUUAAAAAAGAAUAUUUCGACAAAGUCUCCAAAGACAAAUCAAGAUAAAAAAAUAUUAAAAGAUAUAUUAAAGAUAAACCAAACAGGAAUUGAAAGAAAAAUAACAAAGAAAUUAAAUAUCGAUAAAAGUACACAAUGAUUACACUAGUAUCGAUAAUCGAAAUAUAUCAUUAUGAAGAGUGUUGGCAACUCUACGCUACAGACAACAAACGAACAGCUGAUUACAGCAUUUUAGUUGGUUUUGCAUUUUACUUCAUUAAUACUGUUGUUUUUAUUCUACAACUAAAAAAUAUUAUUAUAAAUAUUAUAAAUAAAACAUAACUUCUAACAUGCUACGGAAAAAGAGUACAAAAACAAAAACUGUGUCGGAUAAAAUAUCUGAAUUGCUAGCACGAAACGUCAACGGUGAAGAUGGUAGCAGCGAUGAGCAAAAUGAAGACCCACGUGUGGAGGAGGAAUUCGAUGAAUAUGAUUUGCCGGAUGCACGCUCAUCAGAUAUAAGAAAACGUAAUAUAAAGCUGUUGUCAGAGCAAAGCGCGCGUUAUAGAGGGAAAAUAUCAUCCCGAAAUGAACUUGAGGAAGAGGAUGAAGAAGAUCCUUCCGCGGAUGAACAAAAUGACGAAGAACAACAAAAAGAAGAUGAUGAUGAGAAUUCCUCCGAUGAUGAUAACAAUGACGCUUUAGCAGCGUUCACCAAAAAGUUGAAUGGUGGUGUUAGUAAAAAGGUUACAGCUGUGUCAGCAGAGGAUGACAGUGAAGAUAUGAAUCAGAGCACUGAUUUUGAUAAUGCAAGUGAAGAAAGCGAUGAUGAUGAGGAUGGAGAUGAAGAUGUCGAAGAAGGCGGUGAAGUAGAGGAUUACGAAGAUAGCGAUGAUGAGGAUGGGGUAGAGAGCGAUGAUGAUGAUAGUGAAGAGGAGAAUGCAAACGGUACCGAUAUAAUCGCUGAAACCAAUCGGCAAGCUGAAGUGCAAAAAGGACAGUGUGUACAAAAUCAGCUACAAAUUUGGGAACGUUUAUUGGAAAUGCGUAUACACACGCAAAAAAUACUGAGCAAAUCCAAUCAGCUUCCUGCACCUGUUACACUCAAAGCACAGCAGCUAGAUAAUGAAAAAUUAAAUAACAUAUCACGUGAAUCGGUUAAUAGCGUUAGUAAAUUACUUAGCACUUUGCUGCAACUACAAAAUGCUUUUGAUCAGCAAUUUUCUGAACAACGCAAUGCUUUAAAGAAAACGUUAAAACGCGCGCUACCCAAACAUGACACUGAAGCGAACAGCGCUGUGCCGAUUAAACGUUUUGCUGAGCACAUUGAUGUACAUUUCCAAGAAUUUAAACCUUAUCGCAAUACGGUGCUACUCAAAUGGGACGAUCGCACUAAAUUGCUAACGCCUGGCGCUGGUGCUAAGAAAAAAUCCCUUACGGAAGAUUAUGACAUCAUACGUAAAAUAGAAAAUACGUUACAAAAUCGCAGCACACUCAUUGAAAAAUCACAAACUUCUAAAGAUGGUGAUGAAGUUGCUACAGAAAAUGAACUGGUUGAAAAUGGUGUUGUGCAAAGCACGCAAAAGUCGAAACGUAAUGUGGAACUUUAUGAUGAUAGCGACUUUUAUCAUCAGCAACUGCGUGAGCUUAUCGAAUAUAAGAGCAAUACAUCGGUUAGUGCAAGUGAAGUGACGCAACAGUACAUGGAGCUGCAGAAGUUGCGUCAAAAAAUGAAGAAAAAGGUCGACACACGCGCCAGCAAGGGACGUAAAUUGCGUUAUACGGUGCAUAACAAACUGAUCAAUUUCAUGGCGCCUGACGACACAUCAACAUGGACGGAGGAAUCGAAAGAGGAAUUAUAUAGAUCAUUAUUUGCAGCUUAGAUUUCUAUUAGAUGGAAAAGUGUAACUUGUAAAUAAAAUGAACUGUGCCUGUGUAAAAAAUUAA